GUUUCAAAAUAACUUUGCUUUCAUUGUUAUAUUAUAUACUACAAUACACCAUUCGUUCUCCUUCUACCUCCUAUUCUGCACUUCCUUGUGAUGUUAUGUUGAAUGAAAGGGAACACAUUAGAAUUGAAUAUUCCCUGUAUAGUUUUUGAUGGCUUAUGCAGGAAAUAAGUUUGGAAGCCAGAACUAAAAAAAAUGUACUUGUGUUGUUUUUUCGAAUGAAAGAUACAUUGAGGUGUUGGGUUAGUUUCUUUUCUAUAGGGUUGAUUUCAGUGUUGUAUAACAUAAAUAUAUCAACUUGUAGUUCACUCUUUUCUCCUUCUGCUCAUUGCAGCUAUCAGUGGAUAAAGCGGAAGGGAAGACCUGCACCAAGGGAAGUUGCACCGAUAAUUGUAUCUAAUCACGUAUCCUACAUUGAACCUAUCUUCUAUUUCUAUGAAUUAUUUCCAACCAUUGUAGCAUCAGAGUCUCAUGAUGCACUACCUUUUGUUGGCACCAUUAUUAGAGCAAUGCAGGUCAUAUAUGUCGACAGGUUCUCACCAUCAUCAAGAAAACAUGCCGUCAAGGAAAUAAAGAGAAGGGCUUCCUGCAAUAGAUUUCCUCGAGUACUGCUAUUUCCUGAGGGAACCACAACUAAUGGCAGGAGCCUUAUCUCCUUCCAACUUGGUGCAUUCAUCCCCGGUUACCCAAUCCAGCCUGUAAUUGUUCGCUAUCCUCAUGUACACUUUGAUCAAUCUUGGGGUAAUGUUUCUUUGGGAAAGCUUAUGUUCAGGAUGUUCACUCAAUUCCACAACUUCUUCGAGGUAGAAUAUCUUCCUGUCAUUUCACCCCUGCAUGAUAAAGAAACUGCAGUCCACUUUCGUGAGAGGGCUUGCCGUGCUAUUGCAUCUGCGAUGAACGUUGUCCAAACUGGACACACUUAUGGAGACAUAAUGCUUUAUAUGAAAGCACAAGAAGCAAAACAGGAAAACCCCUCAAGUUUUAUGGUUGAAAUGGCGACGCUGGAAUCAUUAUUUCAUAUCAGAAGCUUGGAAGCUGUUGAAUUCCUAGAUAAAUUCUUGGCUAUGAAUCCUGAUCCCAGCGGUCGAGUUCAAUAUCAUAACUUCUUGAAGGUUUUAAGACUUAAGGCAUGCCCUUUAUCCGAAAAGAUGUUUGCAUUCAUUGAUGUGGAGAAGUGCGGCUCAAUAACGUUUAGACAGUUCUUGUACGGAUCUUCUUACGUCAUGAAGCAUCGAGGAUUCCAUCAAGCUUGCGAAGAAGCAUUUGCGGAAUGCAGCAGUGCAGUAAAGGGCUACAUUGUAGAACAAGAAUUGCAAGACUUCAUGCAACAUGCCAUCCCAAGCUGGAAUGAGAAUGAGGUUCAUGAGCUUUUUAUGUUAUUUGAUGAUGACAAUGAUGGAAGAAUAACCAAGGAUGAUUUUCAUUCAUGCCUCAAGAAAAACCCUCUUCUCAUUGCAUUUCUUACACCUCACCUUCAACACAAGGAGUGUGGUGGCAAUAAUGGAGUUCUAGAAAUAGUAUGAUUUGUGGAUUACAAAGAAACUCUUGCCAUUAUAGGGUGUUUGUUCUUUUAGUACACAAAACAUAAGAGAAAAAAAAAAUUAGAGUGCACAAGUUUCUUUUUUUUUCUUUUUCUUUUAUUAUUUUUAACAUGCCCUGAUUAAUUACUCAUAGAACCCUAAUAAUUUGGUCAACAAAUCUGUGUUUUGCUGCCUCAUAUUAACAAGGUGAGUAUUACACAUAAAUUUCAGCUGGUCCUUGGUGUUGUGAUCAAACAAACUGAUCUAACACAACGUUUUGAGUUUUGGUUCAGGGAUCAUAGUGGCAUUCAAGGGUCAAUUUUAGAUCAUGUAAGGUUUGAAAUUUGAACCAAUGUGUGAAUCUCUUUUUGUUUGUAACAAAUAUUGUGGGUAUAAUUUUUUGGUCAACAGUGUAUUUUCAAACAUGUGACUGGUUAGUUUCCUGGAAAAAAAAAAGACUAAUGUAAUUUUUUGUUUUUGUUUGUGAUGACAAGAAAACUAAUGCAAUUGAUUCUUUAUGUUUA